GCCAUCUUCUACUGCUUUCCCAGGCCAUAGCAGAAAGCUGGAUCAGAAGUGGAGCAGCUGGGAAUCAAUCCAGUGCCCAUAUGGGAUGCCAGUCUGCAGGCAGCAGUUUUACCUGCUAGGCCACAGAGCCAGUCCCAAUCCAGGGUUUUGGGAAAGGAUGAAUACAGGGAAAGGGUCUAUUUAGAAUCAUUACUGGUAAAGUGCACUGCAUUAAAUAUGUGUUUGUGUAUUAUGUCUAUGUGUUAACUUUCUUUAGUAUAAACUUUAAUAACAACAUAAUGUUUAUCUCUGACAACCUCAUUUAUUUGAACACUCUUAACAUUCUUUUUACUUUUACACUAUUAUGUUACAAAAUUUGUAGAUAAUGCUUUGGUUAAACCAAUGAUAACUUUUGUUUAAUCUCUGCCACUUAAUAUAGGUGGGUGCAUUUUCCUAUGUAUUUCCAUUUUUACAGGUUUAUUCCUCCACAGUGAAGCCGAUGUUUUCUUGGUUAAUGUAUUUAUUAUUCUUUAUUAAUUCUAUCAUAUUCUUUUUUUCCACUGUUCAGUGCAGAAGGAAACCAGAGGGUUUUUUUUUAAUAUUUCAUUUAUUUAUUCAAAGAGUUGCAGAGAGAGAGAGAGAGAGAAAGUCUUCUAUCUGCUGUAUCACCCUCCAAAUUACUGCAAAGGCCAGAGCUGAGCUGAUCCAAAGCCAAGACCCAAGAGCUUCUGGGUAUCCCAUGCAGGUUCAGUGGCCCAAGGACUUGGACCAUGUUCCACUGCUUUCUCCAGACAUAGCAGAAAGCUAGAUUGUACGUUGAGUAGGCAGGACUUGAGCCAGCAACCCUAUGGAAUGCUGGCACUGCAGGCAGCAGCUUUAUCCGUUAUGCCACAGUGUUGGCCUCCAGAGUUUUCUUUGAACUCCUGCCAUUCACCUUCUCUCCCAGGUAUGAUUCUGGGUCCUCCACAUGUUUCUAAGAGGAAAGAAAAUUAAUAUAUCACCUCUAAGUGAAGUGUUUUUUCUUUCAUUAUUCCCCAGCUUGUCAGUACUCAUUUUAGGUGUUUAAUGUUAGUUUAUUUUUUUUUAGAUUUUUUAUUUAUUUGAAAGUCAGAGUUACAGAGAGGCAGAGGGAGAGAGUCUUCCAUCCGCUGGUUCACUCCACAGUUUGCCACAAUGGCUGGAGUUGCACUGAUGCAAAGCUAGAAGUGAAGAGCUUCUUCUAGGUCUCCCACAUGGGUUCAGGAGGCCAAGGACUUAGGCCAUCUUCUACUGAAUUCCCAGGCCAUAGCAGAGAGCUGGAUUGGAAGUGAAGCCGCCGUGACUUAAAGUGGCACCAAUAUGGGAUGCCAGCACUGAAGACAGUGGCUUUACCUGCUAUGCCACAGUGCCGGUCCCAUUAUACUAGUUAAUUAAAAUGGAAAAUAUGGGGCCGGCUCUAUGGCUCAGUGGGUUAACGCCCUGGUAUAAAGCAUUGGCAUUCCAUAUGGGCACAGUUUGAGACCUGGCUGCUCUACUUCUGCUCCAGCUCUCUACUAUGGCCUGGGAAAGCAGUGCAAGAUGGCCCAGGUCCUUGGGCCCCUUCACACAUGUGGGAGACCCAGAACUCCUGGUUACUGGCUUCAGAUUGGUGCAGUUCCAGCCAUUGCAGCCAAUUGGUGACUGAACCAGCAAAUGGAAGACCUCUCUCUCUGUCUCUGCCUCUCCUCUCUCUGUGUAACUCUGACUUUCAAAUAAAUAAAUAAAUCUUUAAAAUUUUUAAAAUAGAAAAAUAAACAUAAAAUCUGUUCUCAUGGAAUACACAGAAAUGAAUUAUGAAUUUGGCAUGAUUAUGAAACAUUACUGUCAUCUAUAAUAAUGCAGUUUGGUCUCUUGUCUUUCUGUUGCUAUAGCAAAAUCUGUAUUUGUUACAUGAAUUGAGUUGAAACUAAGUACAAUAUGCUACAUUUUGGGGGUCAUGUUGUCUGAAACACUCUACACAUAGAUGAUGUACUGAGUAGUGUUUUAGUGUUACCUAUGAAGUAAACACUUAUCAUUCUGCAAGAGGAAGAGUUUCCUAGUGCUAAAACACAAAUCAGUUGUUUGUUUUUGAAUUGUUAGAGUAAUAGAGUCCUUAAUACCUUUGAGAAGCUGAAUUGGAUUCUGGAAUAGGAUAAGGAAUGUGUGGAGAAAAGAAUCUACUGGAGGCUCAUUUAUUUUUUUAAGAUUAUUUAUUUGAAAGGCAGACUUACAGAGAUUGGGCGAGACAGGGAGACAAAAGGAGAUAUCUUCUACCUACUGUUUCAUUCCCCAAAUGCCCACAAUGGCUGGGACCGGGCCAGGCCAAAGCCAGAAGCCUGAAACUCCAUGGGCCUCCCAAAUUGAUGGAAGGGUCCAAAUACUCAGGCCAUUUUCACUGCUCUUUCAGUCAGAUUAGCAUGGAACUGGAUUGGAAGUAGAGCAGCCAGGACUCAAAUCCUCUGUUUACAUGGAUGCCAGCAUUGAUGGUGGAGGCUUAGCCUGCUGGAUCAAAAUUCUGGUGACUAUUGCAGGUUCUUAAACAAAUCUCUAAGCAUUUUUCUCAGUGAGUCACAAAUGCAGAUUGUACUGCAGACAUUCCCAGAUUCUCUUUUUUGGGCAAAUAAUUCCAUUGCUUUCACUUUAAUUAUGUAUAAUGUUAUUUCAAAUGUUUAUCAUUUGAAUGUUUUGGGCAAGUAUUUCCAUUGCUUUCACUUUAAUUAGGUAUAAUGUUGUUUCAAUUGUUUAUCAGUAGAAUAAUCAUAGACAAGGGCAAAAGCUAAUUUGUAUUCUUUGUCUUACCUGUAUUUUCUCUCUUACUUAAAAAUAUUUAUUAGCUUGAUAGAGAAAAAUGUUAAUGGACUGAGAGAUAGAGAGCUUUGACACAUUAAUUCACUUCCUAGAUAACCAUACCAAACAGAGUUGGGACUGAAGCCAGAAUUGAGUAAUGGAAUCUAGGCCUCCUUCAUUGGUGACAUCACCACUGCUUCUCCAGGUCUGCAUUAUCUGGGAGCUAAAAACUAGAGCUGGCAUUGAAAAUCAAACAUAGACACUCUGAGGUGGCAUCAUAAACACUAAGCUAAAUGUCUGCCCUGUCUUUUAAUAUAUUUUUCUCUGACAUAUUGGAAAUGAUAUGCAUGGUGUUUUCCUGGAAAUUAUUUUCUGGUCAUUCCCAUCAUAGUUUCACUGAUGGUUUCUUGCCUUUUUUUUCUCAAUGCUUCUACAUACUUCUCCUUAACAUUGCCUAUUCAAGAGUCAAUAUUGCCCCUCUUUUAGCCUGCUGUGCAAUUCCUCUUGACAGAUGUGGCCUUUGUGAUUUGAACCUCCUGUUUCCCUCCAGCUUGGGCAUUUCUCACAGCCUGUAGAUCAUGGGUUUGACUCUGUUGAAUGCUCUGUGUGGCUUUCUAAACACUCAACAAGUCUAAUGUGAAACCAUAUCCUUCUUUUUUCCUUCAUAUCCACACAACUGUCAGUGUUUAUUUUGUGACAGAGUUAAUAUGUUGACUGGAAGUGUAAUAUUAUAGGUGAUGAUAGCAUUUGAAGACCUUGCUGUGUACUUUACAUGGGAGGAAUGGAAGAAAAUGAACAAUGCUCAGAAAAUCCUGUACAGAGAUGUGAUGCUGGAGACCUACAGCAGCCUGUUCUCCUUGGGACACUGUACUACCAAACCUGACUUGAUCUUCAAGUUGGAGCGAGGAGCAGAGCCAUGGAUGGUGGAAGAAUGCCUGAAUCAGAGCCUUUCAGUGGUCAUGAAAAGAGAUGAACUGAUUAGGAUCAACCAGGAAAGACAAAAAUCUGAAUCAGGAUUUUAUGAAAAAUAACAAGACAUCAGCUCUCAAGAGAGUUGAAUUAUGAAAAACACUUAGUUUAAAUUCAAGCCAUAUUCCAACACUUAUUAUUGAAAAGGGAACAUAUUCAGGAUUGAAGCCUGAGGAAUGCAAUAAAUGUCACACUGUGUAUCCCCCCAGUGGGCCUGAUCAACUACAGGCUGGAAAGAAAUUUGAUAACACUAAGAUACCUGGAAAAUCUCUCCAGUUCUGUGACCUCUUAGCGUGACAAUAUUCACAUCAUGAA